GACGUCCGAGAAGGCGACGCAAACGGACGCUCGCGACCACUUUGGAGCGUCCGAAAUCCGUCGCCCCGCUGGAGAUGCCCUAAGUGCCAUAUUUAUCUAGGAGAAAAAUCUAAGUGCCAUACAGUAUUAUCUAGGAGAAAAAUCUUAUGGGACCGCGGUCGCAUAAGCCAGGUCCGUGGACCACCUUGGACGAGCUACACCUGCCAAUACGAAUCUCAAAGAAACCACGGUGAGCAAAUCCCCAAAUCCACUGAUCUCCCUGACGAUUAUCCUGCGUGCUGUGCCGCCGGCUGCCGCGACCACCGGUGAGCCGGCCCCGCUGCUCUCCCUGCCGUAGAAGACCGCCUUCCUCGGAGACACGGCAGCUAGCCCCAUCCAUCCCCGACGGCUCUACCCGGACGUCCAUGGCCUAGCGUCCCGGCAGCGCAACAACCCAAGCUCUGUCCACGGUCCUCCUCGACGCCCUAGCUCGCGGGACCGCCGGCAGACCGGCCAAUUUCCUCGACGGCCCAGCUCGCCGCACCGCCCCGUGUGCUUGCCCCGUCCGCUUUUUCUUCAGCGAAACUAUUUUAAAAUUGAAUCCCCAAGUUUGGCUACUCAACCAGGAUGGAGCCAAAGUUGUACAUGACAUCACCAUGGAUAAGCAGCAUGCUAAGUCACCCCUAGGGUUAGCAACACAAUUGUUCGGAUACAAGGAUUUCAGCAAGGAUUCGGAAAGAAUUGAGAAGCAAAAAAAAUCCACUAAAUGAGGUAAUUCGUGUCACAAAAUUGUACUAAGGGGUAUAAACUGAAAUUUUACUUCUAAAAUAAAAAAAGAUUCCGUGCCCACACGAGGUUGUUUUUAGAUUAGUCACAAUGGAAAUAUCAUACACUAGUAUCAUGCACAUGAUACUAGUUUAUGAUACUCCACUAUCUCACAAUGCAUAGUAUUAUAAAAUAAUAUUAUAGUAUUAUCAUAUUUAAUGUUUUGUAAAAUCAAUGCAAAUUAGUGUACUACAUGAUGUGUUUGCUAUUAAGUUUUCUCGUUUUACCACUCUCAUCUCUCAUCUUAUUAAUUGAUACGUCACAUCUAAUUUUUGCCAACAUAACAUGCAUGAGAGCAAGUACAAUAAGUCCUAGUCAGCUGGCUAUAAGGAUUAAAAUAUUAUAUUAUUGAUUAGUUGGAGGAGAGAUGGGAGGAGAGAGAAGGAGAGUGAGCUCUUAUGCAAGAGUCAGUUCUAGCACGUGCUCCUAGGCACUUUGUGAGAGUGAAAGGUGGGCCACACAUUGAUUAAGUACUACAUUUUUAUAGCUCACUAUUGUAUAUGUUGGCUCUAAGUUGGCUAUAGAUGAUAUAGCAAUUGGCUUAUGGCCACCAACUGGCUAUACUAUUGGAAUUGCUCUGAUACUACUUAUAAUACCUCUAUUGUAAUACUUUACCGACUUUUCUACUACUACCUCCGGUCGGUAAUAAUCGACGCGCCGCAGCUAAUCAACAUGCAUGCCAGUGAAGUACUUAACGUACGAUCUAGCUAGCUAGUGCGGGAAAGCAGCGUGGUGCGUUGACAUUCACGUGGGAUUCAGCGAAGCUCUGGCCAGCAGAGUAAGAGUCCAGAAGGUGACCGGAUUAUUUGGGAUGCCAUUUGGAAAACCAAAGUCCCUCAGAAGGUUAAAAUUUUUACCUGGCGUCUUGCUACUGAUGCGUUGGCUGUACAGGAAAAUCGUUGGUCUAGAAACAUGAUCUUGGAUCCAACCUGCACUAUCUGCGGUCAGGAAAAUGAAGAUGGAUAUCAUGCCAUAAUGAGAUGUACAAAAGCGAUUGCCUUAAGAAAUAGCAUGAGGGAUGUCUGGGAGCUUCCUACUGAAGAUAGGCUAAGAAAUAGUGGGAAAGAAUGGACGCUAAAUAUUUUGAACUCCUCCAAUCCAGAGAUGCGUGAAAAAUUGAUGCUGCUUUGGUGGCGUGCUUGGCAUUUGAGAAAUAACUGUAUCUUUGGUGAUGGCAAAGCUAGCAUUGCUCAUUCCACCGAUUUCCUGAGAAACUACAGGUGUAUGCUCAAUAACAGGGGAGCCGAAAUCCAGGCUGAAGAUGUAAAAGGGAAAAAGCCAAUGUUUGAAACUGAGAGAAUGCCCAUGGGAAGGAAACCUGAAAAUAGAAGUCUAGAGUGGAAACCACCUGAUGAGGGCUGGCAAAGUUUGAGUGUUGAUGCUAGUUUUGUAAAAGAAACAAACCAAGCUUCUUGGGGUGCUGCGAUCCGUGACCAUUUAGGUCAAAUAAAAAUUACUGCCUGGGGAAUUAUCAAGAACUGCAAUAGUGCUGAAAUGGCAGAAGCUUUGGCUUGCCUGGAAGGAGUGAAGCAGGCUAUAAACAGGAUUGAGACUGGUCUUAUAAUCGAGAGUGAUUGUGCAUCUGUUAUUACAAAGGUCAGCUCAUGGGAGAAAGACCGCUCCCAGACUUCCAGUGUGAUUACUGACAUCCAUCGGCUGCUGACCUUGCUUCCAGCUUACAAGGUUCAGAAAAUUAGUAGAAAUCAAAAUAAUCUGGCGCAUGACCUGGCUAGUUGUAGUCGUGUGAGUAAUAGCGAUGGUGUGCUUCUUGGCUCUGUUCCUCCCUGCGUGUUGGAACGAGCUGGAGAUGAUUGUAACAGAACCCUUGUUUCCGUUUAAUA